GGAUGUUUUUUUAAAAAUUGUCUUUUAUAGUUCAGGUGACAUGUUAAAAGGUUGCCGACUUUGCUCUACUUCAGGCAGGAACCCAGUGACACAGUCCAGCACAAUUCUCAAUUCCUGCCUUGAGUCCUCGAACCGUCGUGGAGAUUUUGAGGACAAUGACUGAUUUAAGCAUUAAACCUGCGCGAACGCCAAAGACUGUUCCAAUCAUAGAUGACUAUGAGAUUUCAAACACAGUUCUUGGUCUUGGAAUCAAUGGCAAAGUAGUGCAAUGCUAUUCAAAAUCUACGAGGGAGAAAUAUGCAUUAAAGGUGCUACAUGACAACGUGAAGGCUCGUAGAGAAGUGGAUUUGCACUGGAGGGCUAGUGGCUGCAGACAUAUUGUCAACAUCAUAGAUGUGUAUGAAAAUACUUACAGUGGUAAUAAAUGUCUCCUAGUUGUAAUGGAGUGCAUGGAGGGAGGAGAACUUUUUCAGAGAAUUCAAGAGAGGCAAGAUGGUGCUUUUACUGAAAGGGAGGCUGCACAAGUAAUGUGGGAGAUAUGCUCCGCUGUAAAAUACCUACAUGAUGUUAAUAUUGCUCACAGAGAUCUUAAACCUGAAAACUUAUUAUACACCACACCAGGUGAAGAGGGCAUUUUAAAGCUGACUGACUUUGGUUUUGCCAAAGAGACAUUCUCAAAAGACACACUUCAGACACCAUGUUACACUCCAUACUAUGUUGCUCCAGAGGUACUAGGACCUGAAAAGUAUGACAAAAGCUGUGACAUCUGGUCGUUGGGUGUCAUCAUGUAUAUUCUGUUGUGCGGAUUUCCUCCAUUUUACAGCAACCAUGGACUAGCAAUAUCCCCUGGCAUGAAGAAACGUAUUCGAACUGGACAGUAUGACUUCCCUAAUCCUGAAUGGCAAAAUGUAUCACCUGAGGCCAAAGAACUCAUCCGUGGUAUGCUGAACAUUGACCCUACAAAGCGCUUCACUAUUGAGCAGGUCAUGAGGAACAGGUGGAUUGCUCAAUAUACAGAAGUCCCUCAAACUCCACUUCACACAGGUCACAUGCUACGAGUUGGGGGAGAUAUAUGGCCAGAUGUACAGGAAGAAAUGACUCGGUCCCUUGCUACAAUGCGGGUUGAUUAUGACCAAGUCCACAUUAAAGAUUUGAAUCAUUCUAAUAAUGAGCUUUUAAAUAAAAGGCGCAAACGUGGAGAUGCUGCAUCUAGUUCAAACCAACCUGGCCAUCCGCCUGAACAGGAGGUUCAGUGAAAUUCCGAUGGAAGAGGUAAUUUUGUAAUGUCAUCACCAUGUAGCUACAGACAGAUCCAUCUUGUAGGUUUGAAUGAUACCAUGUUCUUAAGUGGUUGCCAGUAGCAGAUUGUCAAAUUUCCAUAACAUUCACAGGUGUUAUUGUAUUUUUUAAUAUGCUCAAUAUCUUUUUGUUGUUGCAUUUAAGUUUUUCAGUCCUCAUUUAACCCUUGUUUAUAUCCUAAAAGUUACCUCUGUGCUGUUGAAGUUCAUUUUUUUUUUUGUUAAUUUCUUCCAUUGCCACUUACUUUUGUAUCUUAAUUUUUUAUUAUUUGAGUGAUACUUUGUUUUCUUGGGCUGUAGCAUGAGUAAGUUCAUAUAUUGAAUUCAGUAUUGCUUGUGUCACAUUUAUCAUGUAUUUUGGUGGCUAUUUUUCACGAAGCAGAUCAAAUUAUGUAGGUGUCGCAGUUUUACUGUUGCGUUGAAGUAUUCUUAUAUAAUAUUAUGUUUUUGUUUUGUUUUUCUGUUUUAGAACAUCAUUAAAUUUUAUGCCUUUAUUUUGUUUAUUUCAUUGAGAGAUAUAGAAUGUGGGUAUUCUUAUCUGUUUUAAAAUUAGUAUUGGAACAACGUUAGGUUUUAGGAAAACUUCUUUGUAGAGGAGGUAUGUAGUUCAAUUCAAACCUUGUAGAAUAAUCUGUGUUAUCAGCUGAUUUUGAUUUUUGACAUACAUGUUAUUAAAUCCAUGUCUGUGAUGUCCAAAAGAGUUUAGUACGAUUCUGAAUUUGUAUUCAAGUAAGAACUGAAAGUCAAAGCUGACUGUAAAUGUUACAAUGAAAGCUUUGCACCUGGAAUCAUCAAUUGAGACUUAAAAAAUGACCAUUUGCUAACAUUUUACUGUAUGCCGUAUUUGACUGUUAUAUAGGCUCAAGAAUUCUGCUAGUGUACCUAACAUAUUCAGGGUAGAACUAUAGCAUCAUAGCUCAUAGUAACAAUAUGUUAAAAUAAAUGAAAAGAGAAAGAAAGUCAAACAUCCCUGGUACGGUAGUUUUUGUCAGCAACUGUCUGGCAUUACUUACUUCUAUUGAAGACAACCUUAAGUCAUACUUAAAGAACCCUUUUCAGAGCUUGAAUUAGUAUUCAACCAAUGCUGGUCCAAUAUGUGAAAGGAUUAGACCACCUUCCAAAAUAUUAUUUAAAUCAAAAGAGAUACUUAAAAAAUAUAUCAUACCAGUGGAAACAUCAAAUCAUGGCAGGUAAUGUGAUUAAAUACGGGCCCAGAGAAAAAUUGGCUUAAGAGCCACAUUGUGAUUGUAUAUAUUUCGUCCAUGUGUAACAAAGUAUAAACUUCCACUUAGAAAUACUUUACGACCAUGCUGUUAAUAUUUUGAAUAUCUACUGUUUGUUACAAUCUCAUAAAUUUGUGAUCUGUUCUGUCAAAAUAGAACCCUCCGCGGAGAGUUAAAUUUUGAUAAUGGCAAGUCCAGCACUGUUGAUUAGAUUUAGUCAGUUCCUUUUAAAAGGAGACAAUAAUAGAGCGGUUCUUGUUUUAGACAAAUAAGUGUUGAACUUAAUUCAUUCUUACUGUUACCGUAGUUUAUUUUUUUCUUGUUUUUAUUUCCAAAUAUUUUUAAUGUAAGAGUAUGUGUGCCAAUGCACAGUCAUUUUCAAAAGACAAGGUUCAUGACCAAUUGUAUCUUGAAUAGUUGUUAAUGUUGUUGAAGAAAAAUCAGCCCAAAAGUUCAAAUGGAUAAUGGGUCAGCCCUUUAUUUUUGAAAUUUGUGCAAGGCAGAUUUUGAUCUUUUUCACAAUAAUUUAAAAUAAUGGCUCUGAAACUGAAAGCUAUAAUUUCGAAGUACCUUAGAGGUCAGUUUUCUUCCACCUUAUUUAUUUCAUUUUACGAUCUAAGAGAUUGUUAUUGCAUGGACUGCUACACCCUUUUUCUUGUAUAUGACUCAUGAUUGUGAAAUGACAGUCUUGCUUGCAAAUACCAUGCUAAUAAGGGCUUUGAAAGUAACUUUUUCAAAAUCAGAUGUUUCACCAGCUUCUAAUUUAUAAAGGCCCUGAGAAAUAUUUUCUUGAACCUAAUGCUCAAUUUGUUUUGGGCCAUUAUUGGAAGGACAUUUUUAGUUCUGCUGACAUGAUGCAUUAAUCCUUUCUAUUUGUAAUAUUAUAUAUUUACUUACCCAAGAGUUAAAUUUUAUGUUAUUAUACCUAGUUCUUGUGAAAUAUAUUCGCAUUUUUCAUGUUUCA